AUGUACUUUUUUGUCCCGCAGGUGUCGGCGUCGGAUCCGGAUUGCGGCGUCAAUUCCAUGGUGAACUUCACGCUGUCCGAAAACAGUGGACCGUUUUCUAUUAAAUCGGCGACCGGUGAAAUAUGUCUGGCCAGACAGUUGGACUACGAAACCCGGAAGCUGUACGAGUUUCCGGUGGUGGCAACCGACAGGGGUGGACUGAGCACGAGUGCCGUGGUCAAAGUGGACGUGCAGGACGUCAACGACAACUGGCCCGUUUUCUCACCCUCCGAGUACAACGUGUCCAUCGUGUGGAGCCCCACCGAGCAAGGACCCAUUGUCACGGUCCGGGCAAAGGAUGCGGAUUCCGGAUCUUUCGGCGUAGUUUCCUACUAUAUGAUAUCAGCUAAAGGACCCGAUAGCGAGGACUCGGAGACGUCGUUCCGGUUGGACGGCAACACAGGCGAGAUAUGGGCAGCGCAAUUGCGGUCGGGAGUCUACAGGCUGUUAGUGGCCGCCAGGGAUGGUAGUGGUUACGAGGCCGCUCAAGUGGCCAGAGUCCGAAUCGCCGUGUUGGCCGCAGACCCGUCGAAACCGUAUGCCGUGUUCAUUAAGUCGCAGUACUCAUUCACGGUGCCGGAGGACGCACCGGUGGGCACGGCCGUCGGCACUGUGUCGGUGUCGCCCAAUCAGUCAGGUUUGGACGAUUCGGAAUCUCUGAGGUACGCCAUUCAUUCGGACGAGGCCAACGGAUAUUUCGCUAUAGACCCGGUAAAAGGAGUAAUCAAAACGACAGCCGUGUUGGAUCACGAAUCAUUCGAAUCGGUUCUACUCAACGUCAAAGCCUACUCGGCGACGAACAAAUAUUACGGAGCGCACACUCAAGUGAAUAUAAUAAUCGAAGACAAAAACGACAACUCACCGCAUUUUGAUUCAAGUUCGGUGAGAAUCGCUGUACCGGAAAAUGUGGCGACGGGAUCUCCGAUAUACACGGCACACGCGACCGACCCGGAUUCUGGUGCCAAUGGACAGGUUCACUACGAGCUGAUUGCCUCUACACAGGAACCGUCGUACUUCCAAGUAGACCACAACCGUGGUACGAUCAGCUUGAUCCAUGGAUUGGAUUACGAGACGGUGCACAGGCUGACGGUUACCGUGAUCGCCAGAGACUCGGGGGUGCCGUCUCUGUCCGACAACAUGACCUUGGUGGUGGACGUCCAGGAUAUCAACGACAACCCACCCGUAUUCGAGAGACCACAUUACGCGGCCACCGUCUUGGAAUCAUUGCCAGUCAACUCACAGAUCGUGCAAGUGACGGCGUUGGACGGCGACAGCGGUAACAACGCUCGGGUCACUUACCGGAUUUCUAGUGGUGACGGCGGUGGGUCGCUGGACGUGCACCCCGGUACCGGAUGGGUGUACGUCAAGGGCCCGCUGGACAGGGAAACGCAGGACACAUACGAGCUGACAGUGGUGGCCUCGGACAACGGGUCGCCGGGACCGCUGGCCGCUACCGUGGUUGUGGUAGUCACCGUGGCCGACGUUAACGACAACGAUCCCGAGUUCGACAGGGAGCACUACGAGUUUCACGUGGAGGAGAACCGUCCGGCUGGCACGGCGUUCGGCGCUGUUUCCGCCACGGACCGCGACGCCGGCGACAACGCGCUGCUCCGGUACUCGCUCAUACCUUCCAACUCGAGUUUCAAUAUCAACCUGUAUUCCGGCGAACUCAGCACUAAGGAGCCGUUGGAUCGGGAAUCCCGGGUUUGGCACGAGGUGAUUGUCGAGGCCAGGGACCAAGACGGCGGGGUCAGGGGUCGCAGCAAGCGCGUAAAGGUCAAGGUGGCCGUAACGGAUGUCAACGACAACGCACCCGUCAUCGUGGACCCGCAACAGGAUGUAGUGGCGGUCCGCGAACAGCAACCUCCCGGCGUCGAAGUGGUCACCGUAAAGGCGACCGACCCUGACCAAGGAAACAACGCUACGCUCACGUAUUCCAUACUUAAAGGCCGUGAUUCCGAUGGCAACGGCGAGUUUUUCAUCGACCGCAUCACGGGCGUGAUCAGAACCAAAGUGUCACUGGACCACGAGGAAAAAUCCAUGUACAGACUUUCGGUGGCGGCAACAGACAACGGACAUCCGCCCAAACAGACGAUUCGCAUGCUCAGGGUCGAGGUGCUCGACUUGAACGACAACCGACCCACGUUCACCAGUUCCAGUCUCGUUUUUCAGGUGAAGGAAGACGCGGUGGUUGGCAGCAUAGCGGGCCGCAUAGCGUGUUCGGAGGGUGCGGGUGCUGCGUCUGCGGGCCGGGGCCAGGUGAAGUACACGCUCCGGCACUCGGACGUCAGCCAGCAAGUGUUCGACCUAGACCGGAGCACAGGAGCGCUGAUCGUGGCCGGCCGAGUGGACCGGGAGACGAAGGCGGCGUACGAGAUGGAAGUGCAUGCGCUGGACACUGGCGCUAGCACUAACCCACAGAGCAGCUCGGUGUCGGUGCGAGUGGAGGUAUUGGACGUGAACGACAACGCGCCGCGAUGGCCGGACGACCCAGUCGUGGUAACGGUGGCUGAGGACGCGGCCGUCGGCUCAGUGAUAUACAACUUCACAGCCUCGGACGCAGACGCGGACGCCAACGCCGAGUUGCGGUACACGGUCGUGCAGCGCCAUCCUAGGCAGAAUCGCGGGCACGAGGCAGCGUUCUCGCUUGACUCGCUGACCGGCAUGUUGACGCUGGUCGAACCGCUCGACUACGAGACGACUCGCGAGUACGUGAUAAUAGUCCGAGCCACUGACCAGGCGGUUAACGUCACCGAGCGGCUAUACGCGGACGUGACUGCCAGAGUAGUGGUGCAGGAUGCCAAUGACAACGGGCCGAGGAUCGUGUCGCCGACAUUCCGGCGGAUGUAUGCCGAUGGGUCAGCCCGGCCGGGUGAUUGGCUGUGUGACGUGGUGGCUGUCGACUUGGACGCCGGCGACAACGGCCGCACAGUGUACACGAUCACCGGCGGCAAUGAACAGGGGACGUUUGGCAUCGGAUACGACACUGGUGCACUAAUUUUGGCCCGAGUACCGGAUACCAGCAGGAAGCACUCGCUUAACGUAACGGUCGCGGACAGGGGCACGCCAGCCAGGUACGCGUACACCACGCUCGAAGUGGCGUUUACCACGAGCGCCGAACAAUCAGUGCAAUUCGCCCAGAAGCUGUACUCCGCCAACGUCUCCGAGGACGCGCCAGUCGGCAGAUUCGUUGCCCAAGUCACGGCCAACUCCAACUCCAACCGGAUAUCGUAUAGCAUACCGGAAGGUGUGGCCGACAACUGUUUUCGCGUGGACAAAGACGGGGGAUUAGUGACAUUGCAAAACCGAAUCGACCGAGAGCGGACGUCUCGGUACAUAUUGCCCGUGUACGCAACGGACGAGGUGAAAUUCAGCACGGACGUGGUGUCGCUCGAAGUGAACGUACUGGACGUGAACGACCACAGUCCCAGGUUCAAGCACGACUCAUGUCACACGCUGAUGGUGCCCGAAAACCAAGAACCGUCGGUGAUCCGCACAGUGGCUGCCAUAGAUCCUGACUGGGGAUCCAACGGACAGGUGGUGUAUAGUAUCGUCGGCGGCAAUGGUGGCAAUAAGUUCCACCUAGACCCGAAGACGGGCGAGCUGACAGCCAAGACGCUGGACCGGGAGGUGCAGGCCAAAUACCAGCUGCAGAUAGCAGCCCAGAACCGCGGCAGCACAACGGCCGGCCAUUGCAAUCUGACGGUGAUCGUCGACGACGAGAACGACAACGACCCGAACUUUGAACAGAGCAAGUACGAAGCGGUCCUGUUGGAAGACGUGCCACCCGGCACCAAGGUGCUGACGGCCAAGGCGCACGACGCGGACGUGGGCGUGAACGCGAAGAUAACGUAUUCGUUGUCAAAUCAGACGGAAAACGUUUUCCAGAUCGACAACAAGACCGGAAUCAUCACCACCGUGGAAAAUCUCGACCGAGAACGGCAACCCAACUAUUGGCUGCAAGUUGUAGCCAGGGACGGUGGCAAGUACAAUCCUCGGUCAUCUACUACGCUCGUGUACAUCAAAGUGCUGGAUGUCAACGACAACGUGCCGGUGUUCACGAAAUAUCCGUUCACCGCGGAAAUACCGUCACACGUACAGCCCGGAAUGGACAUUGUCCGGGUGUCGACCUUCGACAAGGAUGAAGGUUCCAAUGCCGAUGUCUUGUAUUCAUUCAAGGAAAACCAAGAGGCCGCCAACCGGUUCCGGAUCAACCCCAACACGGGUGUGGUGACAGCGUCAUCGAGUCUGGCCUCGGAUAAUGGUCAAGUGUUCCAUUUGGAAGUGACGGCCACCGACAAGGGAAACCCACCGCAAAGCUCGUCGGGCCUAUUGGAGAUAAAGAUUGGUGAUAACUUUGAUCGGAUCCCCGUCAUGCGGUUCAAGAACUCCACCUAUCACGUAACAAUACCUGAAAAUUUGGAACAACACAAAGAAGUGCUCGAGAUUUCGGCUUAUCGUAGCGACGGUCGGAAACAAAAAGUGUUCUACAAGUUGGCCCCGGUCAACAAUGAGAACGGGCUGUUCUACAUUGACGAAAAAACGGGUGUAAUACGCGUCGGCCAAUCGGAGGGUCUGGAUUACGAAACGUACAAGGCUGGUGUACACUUAGUGGCCAUCGCGCAGACCGACGCCCCUGCGUCGGUGUUCAUGUGGGGAUACGCCGACGUCUGGAUACACCUGUCCGAUCAAAAUGACAACAGCCCGGUGUUCGCUCAAAAGGAGUACACGGCUACAGUGACCGAGGGCAACUCCAAGGGCUUGUUCGUCGUGAGGGUGGCGGCUGUCGAUCUGGACGACAACGAGAACUCGAGGCUAUCGUAUCACCUGGUGGACGGCAACCACGACAACGCUUUCGUCAUUGACCCGACCGACUCCGGCAUAGUCAAGACCAACAUCGUAUUGGACAGUGAGAUCAGAGAUACCUACAAGCUGACCGUCAUCGCGACAGACGAGGGCACGCCUCAGAUGACCGGCAUGGCCACCAUCCGGGUGAUAGUUAUCGACAUCAACGAUAACCGGCCGUCAUUCCCACCACGAGCCGCCAUUAACGUCAAAGAAGGUCUGGAAGUAGGAAGCAUGAUAACUACGGUGGUCGCUAACGACGUGGACACUUACCCCACACUGACCUAUUCUUGGGCGCCCUCUGUGGGACUGGUGGAUCGGAAGCUUUUCGCAUUGGACAGGUACAGUGGCCGUGUGUCGUUAAUCGGAAGUCUGGACUACGAACAGACACGGACGUAUCGCUUGGGAGUAGUCGUGUCUGACUCGGAACACACGGCGUCCACAGAACUGACCGUCGUGGUAACUGACGACAACGACAACUCUCCAGUAUUCGACCGUCCUUACUACACGUUCACGAUGACAGAAAACGUUUACGGCGAAUCGUCAAUGCAAGUGCUCGCGAAGGAUUUGGAUUCUGGGCUGAACGGACAGAUCAAAUAUGGUUUGGUGAACGAUUUGAACGGAUUCAGGAUCGACCAGCAAACCGGCGUCAUCACUGCGAACCGAUUGAAGUUCGAUCAAAAGUUUCUGCAAAAGGGCUUUGUCGAUUUGUUAGUAUCAGCCACUGACUUAGGAACUCCUCCUCUUUCCACUGUUAUUGCGGUUCGCUCCAUCAUACAAAAUACGGUGCAUUCGAACACGGUGAAAUUUGCACAAAGCGAAUUCAGAAUAUCGGUUCGAGAGGACAUUGUUUUGGGCGAAUCAUUUUUAAAAUUGUUGCCUAGCUACUCAGCGGACAGUUCGGCACAGUUCAAAAUCAUCGAAGGCGACGACGAGAAGAAUUUCGACCUUGUAAGUCCGACCGGUGAGCUUUUCGUAAAAAAACACUUGGACCGGGAAACACGCGAUAUAUACUCGCUCAAGAUCACAGACAGUGUCAACAGUUCUUACGUGUUUGUCCACGUGAUUGUCGACGACGCCAACGACAACGCUCCUCAGUUCACGGCGAAUGAACAACAAAGUUUGCUGUCUUUGCCGGAGAACACGCCCGUCGGACACUCAAUCGUCCGGAUGGUCGCCAGUGAUUCAGACACUCCGCCAAACUCAGACGUUUCCUAUGAGAUAACUUCGGGCAACAGCAAGAAUUACUUUGACAUCGACCGGAACACCGGUGACGUUUUCGUAAAGUCCGUGUUGGAUUGCGACUUGGACGUGUCCGAACACAAUCUAGUGGUUAAAGCCCAGGACGGUGCGAAAUCGCCGGACCGGCAGCUGGCCACGGUUAAGUUGCUCAAGAUACGGCUGGAAGACGUCAACGACAACACUCCGAGAUUCCCCGUCUCGGAGUACUUGGAGUUUGUGGGUGAAAACGAGCCGGUCGGUGCACUGGUAUUCACAGCAAAGGCGACGGACGCAGAUCGCGGCCCUUACGGACAACUCAACUAUUCAAUCGCGUCGUCGGCCAGCUAUUCGGGCGCGGACGAUUCGUGGAAAAUGUUCAAAAUCGACGCGUUGUCGGGCCUGGUGACCACCAACACUGUGUUCGACUACGAGGCGAGGAGCAAGUACACGUUUACGAUAAUCGCUAGUGACGCUGGAGACAAGAACACAAAGGUCAGAGUGAAAAUCGAAAUCGAGGGCAAGGACGAGUUUGCGCCGCAGUUCAUCGAGCGGACUUUCAAGUUUAUGGUGAACACUGUCGACUUGCCAGUGGGCUACGUUAUCGGACACGUAUCGGCCACCGACCGGGACAAAGGACCUGAAGGACGGGUCGUGUACCACCUAACCACGCAGAACGCAUACUUCAAGGUGAACCGGACGACGGGGGCGAUAAUCGUGAAGAAGAAGAUCGACGGCAACUUUGACGCAGCGCAGGAUAUAAGCCUCGUGGUGACGGCCAGCUCGGGCAAACAAGGGUCACUGACCAACGUGAGCGUGGUCGAGAUAUCGUUCGACCCGCUCUCCCAGCCCGGCUUGAACCUGGCCAGCAGUAGUUCGUCCGGUAGCGGUGUCGUUAGCGGCGGCAAUGGUCAAAACGCAGGAGGCUCUUCAGGUGGAAGCCCAGUAGAUUGGAUUAUCGGCAUCCUGUCGGUGGUAUUGCUGAUUGUCCUGCUUCUCGGUGGCAUCAUGUUCUACUUUCACCUUAAGAACAAGCAACACCGAAACAUCAACAAACCUGAACUAAGCGGACACCAGAGGACCGACAACACUUACGUGGACCCCGGCGCGUUCGACACGAUACCCAUACGUGGCGUGGGUGGCCAGCAAGUGGUCGGCCAGUUCGCGCCACCCAAGUACGACGAGAUACCAACGUACCGGAAUAACAGCAGCACCACCAAUUCCGGGGCGGCCACCACGUCGGACCUGUCGGGAUCAGAGAAGUCCGGUUCCAGCGGCCGGGGGUCGGCCGAGGACGACGUGGAGGACGAAGAGAUUCGGAUGAUCAACGAGCGGCAAAACGCGGAUGAACUAUCCGAGGUGACGGCCGCGCGCAACACACAAGAGUACCUGGCCCGCCUGGGCAUCGUGGACACUCAGACUGUUGUGCAACAGGUACCACCUCACCUACCUGAGGAAAACCGACGACUAUCGUCGUCCAGGCGCCACCGCAGGCCGAUGGAGAACAUCGACAUGUACGACGAGGACGAGGCCACCGACGGCGACAUAACCAACAUGAUUUACGCCAAACUCAGCGACGUGGGCAGCGAACGCGGUGGCGGUGGCCCUGGCACUGGCGUGGUAGGCGAAGAUGAUGGUGGCGGUGGCGGUGGAGGUGGUGGCGGAGGCAAUGGUGGUGGCGGCAAGUCGUCAAACGGCACCGUCUACUCGGGCUCGAAAGUCCCGCCCCCACAGCCGUCCAUGGUCGGGUCGCUCAGUUCGAUAGUGCACAGCGAAGAGGAGUUGACCGGCAGCUACAACUGGGACUACCUGUUGGACUGGGGCCCUCAGUACCAGCCGCUGGCGCACGUGUUCAACGAAAUCGCCAGGCUCAAGGACGACGCCAACUCGGUAAAGAGCUCCAACAGCGGCGCUGCGUCCACGAGCGGAGGUAGCGGUGGCGGCGUCGGUGGUGGCGUCAAAAACCCUUCCGGCAGCAAGAAAUCCAACGUUCCUAACCAACAGCAGCAGCACAUGCAGCAAAAGAGCGCGCCGCCCCCGCCCCCGCCACUGUUGACCAACAUGGCGCCCAGAGCACUGUCCUCGUCGCGACAGUCGGGCGCCUCGCAACAGCAUCACCACCACCACCACCACAACCAUCACCACCAGGCUGUACCACCGCCUAUGCUGCUCGUGCCCCGGUCGCCGAUCAGUCACGAGACCAACCCGGGCUUCAGCCAAUCAGUGGCCAUGUCGCCGUCCUUCUCGCCGUCCCUGUCGCCAUUGGCCAACCGGUCGCCCUCCAUAUCGCCUCUCCACUCGGCCGCCUCCACAUCGGCCCGGCAGAGGCAUCAUCAGGCGUCGGCGGAGGCCGAACUCAGGCUGUGA